AUGGCGCACGGCUACCGCUACCAGAACCUGUUUUUCAUAGGACCAUACCAGGCAGCAGCCAGUGCAAAACAACCGUAUGUAUUAGAUCGAUUGACCAUACAUGUGGCAUUUGUUCUUGCCAAGGCAAAGAGAGAUGGCAUCGAGGAGUCUCUGAGCACGGGCAUGAUACCUUGUGGAUUCUUAAUAGAGCCCAACCGUUCAUUCGAAGAGAAGUGGACAGAGCUUACGUUGCGUCGAGCCUCUGGUCUGGGAGACAGUCAUCACUGUACCCCGGGGCAUCUCAACAUGGACGGAAUGGCAUCUGAAAUGACCAAGAAAGCAAUGAACAAGAAUAGGAAGAGUUCCGUAUGGGGAACAGGCCCGAAGGGAUUCUUUGCUCGACUUGAGAAAUCACGCGCAUUCGAGAUCGACUAUGCUUUUCGCAAUGUGCCGUACUAA